GGAGGAGGGCGAAAGGGGGCCGGGUGGGCGGCGGGGAACCCUCCAGCCUGGUGAGAAGGUGGGUCGAUCUGGGGGAAUCAAUAAGCGUUUUUUUUUUUUUUUUUUUUUUUUUUAAACCAAAAUAAUGUCUACGGCAGCGGAGACCUCUCCGAGAUGUCAGGUAUUAGUCCGGAGGGGCAGAUCUGCGAGCCACACGGCAGCUCCCGGGGCUACGGUACAUUAGGCUCUCCGUGGGAGAGGGAUCCCAGGGAGCUCCGCUGGGGAGCCAGCCCAGGAGAUUUGUUCGCGGGCUGCUCCGGGGGAUACCAGCCACCUCCGGCACCCGAGCGCCAAAGGUGCUUGUGUUCCUGCUGCUGCUGCUGCUGCUGCUGCUGGCGCAUUUCAUCCAAACUCCAGCCAGAGCGGGGGCAAGUUGAGCCGGAGACAUCAGAGCCGCUGCGCUUUGGAGAGGCGAGGGCGCCCGGGGAGCGCAGUAGCACCAUGCCUGCUAUCAAGAAGGAGCGACUUGACAGGGAAGAGCUGGCCCUGGCAGCCUUUAACCAGCCCAUGGAAACCCUACCUGACUAUCUCGCCCCUCUGGCCGCCGCUGCCAUGCCGGUGGUAGCCCCCCACCCGCCGGCGUACGAGCAGAUCUUUGCCCACCGCGCGUACCUGGGCUUCCACGAGAGCCCCCACCCCUCCCACCCCCACCACCACCUCCCCGAGGACCUGAUGCUGGAGAGGUUUUCCUCCAUCCCGGAUUUCCAGCCCUUCUUUGACAACGGCGAGCCUUGCAUCGAGGUGGAGUGCGGGGAGAACAAGGCGCUGCUCUACAUCAAUAAGUUGUGCCAGGGGAGCAAGGGACCCUCUAUCCGGUACCGGGGCGAGUGGCUCACCCCGAACGAGUUCCAGUUUGUCAGCGGCAGGGAGACGGCCAAGGACUGGAAGCGCAGCAUCAGGCACAAAGGGAAAAGUUUGAAGACUCUUAUGUCCAAAGGAAUCUUACAGGUACAUCCUCCAAUCUGUGAUUGCCCUGGGUGUCGAAUUUCGUCUCCAGUGAACCGGGGUCGCCUGGCAGAGAAGAGGACGAUCCCCCUGCCUCCAACCAGGAUCCCGAAGAAAGAGCUGACCUCAAUUUUCUCGCAUAGUGACGACAGUGAAGAGAGUGACAAGGGCAAUGGUCAACACCCCGAAGUAAAGCAGGAGGAGGAUCUCCAUAUCAGUAUCAUGAAAAGAAGGAUACACACCCACUGGGAUUUAAACAUCUCCUUCCGAGAGACCUCUUGCAGCCGUGAUAACGACCUCUCCACUAUCAUCUCCAACCUGCAUCAGAGCCGUCAGCUCGUUAUGCCAGAGACCCAGAGCCGCUGUGAAUUCAAGAGGAACAGCAUCGACGUUGGCUUAGGAGCAGCAGAUGAGAUUUUAGGCAAGAGAAGAGUAUGUUCUCCCAACAGCAGCAGUGAGUGUCCUUUAGAAAGCAAGAAAGCCCGAAGUGAGUCCCCAAAGGAAAACUCCCACACGCCUCUGCUGGAGGACGCGGUGACUCAGAUGACCCCGGAGGAGCACUACAGGCGCAUGAUGUCAGCGCUGAACGAGCACGGCACGUUCGAGGAGCAGCAGCAGCAGCGUCUCUACCAGCUGGCCAACAGCAUGGCAGUGCCCAGCCACGGAGAUCUGCUCCGGGCUCGGCAAGAGGUGGCGGCGGCGGCGGCGCGCAACCCCGGCGCGAUGGAAGCGCACAUCCCCUCGGGCAGCAACUCGUCCAGCCAGCGGAGGAAGCAGGGGCUGCCCCAGCACAGGGACACCCACUUCCCCGAGAGGGAGAUAUCCCACCCGCCGCCGCUGCUGUCGCCCCAGAACGCGCCCCAUAUCGCCCUGGGGCCCCACUUGAGACCUCCUUUCCUCGGGGUGCCUUCGGCCCUGUGCCAGACACCAGGUUACGGGUUCCUACAGCCGGCACAAGCAGAGAUGUUUGCACGGCAGCAAGAGAUGCUACGAAAGCAAAACCUGGCAAGGUUGGAGAUGUCGGCCGAGAUCAUCCGCCAGAAGGAGCUGGAGAACCUCCACAGGCAGCGGCUGCUGGCCGGCGACCCUCUGAGCCUCCACCCGGGCUUGCCCCCGGACCACCCGGCCCUGCGCAACGUGCACGACAUCCCCGAGGGCCACCCGCUGCGGGAGGAGCUGUCCCGGCGCAACGCCAUGCUGGUGCUGCGGCACAACAACGCGCCCCUGCUGUCCCUCAACCCCGGCGUCCCCAGCAGCGCCACGCCGCCCAAGGAGCAGCCGCGGCGGGGCAGCAGGAAGGCGGCUCAGCACCGAGCCGAGCCGCAGGGGCCGAGCGAGGCCAAGGAGCCGGCGGAGCCCCGCGGGGCGCGGGACGGGGCGCCGGACUGUAACGACGAGGAGAUGAAGGACUCGGAGAGCGACGCGGACGUGAGCGACGAGAAGCCGGAGAGCCUGAAGGCGGAGAGCAGCGGCUCGGCCGCGGAGCUGAAGGAGUGCAAGGAGACGGGCAAGGGCUGCGAAGGGGCCAAGGAGCUGGGGGAAGGGGCCGCCGGCCCAACCGCGCCCUGCAGCUCGUCGAGCGCCGAGUCCCCCAGCCACUUGCUUGGGCCGGGCAUCAACAAAAGCGAGGUGAAGUACCUGCCGCCAGCCUCCAUCCCGCCGCCCCAGCCGCUGCCCUUCGGGUUCCCCUACACGAUGAGCCCGUACUUCCACGCAGGCACCAUGGGAGGUCUGUUUCUGGAUGGCGAGGAGAGCCCCGCGCUGGAAGACAUCAGCAAAUGGACAGUGGAGGACGUGUGCAGCUUCGUGUCCAACUUGUCCGGCUGCACCGAGUACACUCAGGUAUUCCGCGAGCAAGCGAUCGACGGCGAGACCCUGCCCCUCCUGACGGAAGAGCACUUGCUGAACAACAUGGGGCUGAAGCUCGGCCCCGCGCUGAAGAUCCGCUCACAGGUCGCCAAGAGAGUGGGCAGAGUGCUGUACAUGGCCGGCUUCCCCAUGGCUUUCCCUCUGCAACCCCCUGGUUUGCGGCCUCCGGAGCGGGACCUGCCCCCCGCCGACCUGCGGCCGUCCUCCACGGGCAGCGUGGCCUCGCCCUUCAGCAGCGGGCUGCCCUCCGCCAGCCGCAUCUCACCAAAGCAGGAGAACGGCAACCCCGCCAUCCUCGCCGGGCUCAACGACACCACGAAACCUCCCUCCUAACUGCAGGCCAGCUCGGGGCUGCUGCUGGAACUGAGCUUCAGCUGGGGAGACCGAAGGGAACGCGGUGCGAGAGCAGGAGAGCCUCCCUCAGUGCGAGACACGGGAGCGAGGAAGGGAGGGUUUUACUUUUUUUUUUUUUUUUUUUUGGAUGCAUUUGCUUUUUGUUUAAAAAAAAAAAAAACAAAACCACGGACGUUUUAAAAACUGUAAAAAGGGAAGGAAAGAAAACUAUCCAAAGAUGUAGCGAGACAACACGAGUGAAGAGGAAGACGAUGCUGGAGGCCAGCAGCGGUCCCCUUCCCUUCCACACCCCUUCGCGCUCACCAGGCUGACGGAGAGCUGGGGCCGGGGAGGAACGCUCCUCUUUGCCUUCAGAGCCACACGGCUUUCAGGAACUUCUGGCAGUGACUCCGAGCAGGGCCAGGGACCGGGCACUGCUCCUCCCAAUGGUACUCGGCCCCCCUGAGCGAAAAGAAACCCACGGAAACGGCAAGCACCCGCCUUCCCGAGCAGCUCCUCCUCCCUGGAAACUGUACUCAGUUCCUCAUUCAGGUGUCUAUGCAUCUCUAGCGACUUUUAAAACAAUACCAAAGACAGACAAAAAAAGAAAAAAAAAAUAGAAAAAAAACCUAAAAGGCAAGUUCCGGUCCAUGUUUACUUCAGUGUGGAUGGUACGGCACAGGCGGCUCGCUGCCGUCCCUCGGCUGGGGGCUGCCCUCUCCCCGGCGCCUUUUCCUUGCAGCACACACCCAGGAGGACUCUGCCCGCGCUCCAGCCCCGCAGAGCUGCUUUUUUUUUCCUUCGUUUUGUUUUAAAGAAGAAAAAAAAAAAAGAGUGUGUGUGUGUGCUUAGGUGGGACGAAGGGUCACAGGCCUCACUCCAGCGUGGCCCUCUCCCUCUGUCGCGUGUACUUACGGACUCAUUUCUACAUUUGGUUUAUUUUUUUUGUUUGUUUGUAGGGUUGGUUUUGUUCCUUUUAAAGCCUUGUUACAGAGGUGGAUGUAGUUGCACAUUCUGGCCUGCUGUGGACCAUGAGACGGAUACCUGUGCGCUCCCAGAGGAGGGGGAGGGAUGUUGGGAUGUUGGGGGGGGUGGGGGUCAGGCUAAAAACCAAGGGGCAGAGUUUUUACUACUGUGAAUGAGAUGGUAACUCCUGGGGGUGACCCCCUGUGACUUGUACAGUUGUGAGCAACAAUCACAUGUGGUACUUUUCUCUCUCUCUCUCCUCUUUUUUUGUUUAAACGUUGCACGUGCUGCCGUUUUUUUCUUACCAGAUAGCUUGGUGGUACAUUAGCUUCUUUAUAUUGUAAAAAAAAAAAAAAAAUUGUCAUUAUCCAUCACAUCACGAUAAAAAUGCUUUCCAGCAAUCAGUUUAAAUAAAAAAGAAAAACACUUAA